CGUUAGAUACGUGCAUCCCGUCAAGGCUGAUCUUCUCCCACGUGUACGCAUCGAUUUGCAUUUUUAUAUUAUUAUACGCGUAAAACCGAUCGCGGCAAAACCAGUCGCGUGUCAACCGCGCGCCAGUACGUUUCUCGAUAAACGAUCUUUCAUACGAGCGUCGAAAUGGACAGGCCCAGACCCAUUUCCUCGUACUUCUACGAACGAAAGUGUUACCUAUGCGAGCGUCGCACCGUCUAUCCCGAUCGCAAUGACUCCUGGACACAGCCACAGCGAAAAGUCAGAUUCGUCGAGCCGAAGAAAAUGAUGCGAUCACCUUCUCCGCAAUACCCGAGUAGGGGAGGAUCGGACAUUCGGGUGAUUCGAUUGACGGAAGAUCAGGAGGCCGUUCUUCAAGAACAGUUCAACAGAUGGCCCAGAGCACCUCACGCGGCGGAUGUGGUUCUAUUAGCGGCGGAAACAGGACUCUCCGAAGCUGACGUCGAGGCCUGGUACCGCAUCCGAUUGGCUCAGUGGAGGAAGGAGCAGGGGCUGGGGGGAAACCUUGGUUUACAUUGAUGCCUAACGUUGCAACCACUCCAACGUUAUCGUACUCGUGUACCUGAAAAUGUAAUUCGUAUACGGACCGACGAUGAUCCAUCGUUCGUCGAUCUUCUUUUGCUUUCAGCUUACGGGCAAACGUGCUCUUGCGUAGAUGUUAUUAACUUAGACCCGCGUGAAAUAUCGAUUUAUUUAUGUUAAUUGUAAUUGCGUAGCGGAGUCGAGGGAGGGGAGCGACGGUACCAAAAAUUGGUUUCUCAAGGAGUAACCGCAAGUAGAACAAUCCUCGAUAGAGGAUUAAUCGUAGUUGUUUUAGCUUCUUUUUAACGUCUCUAACCAUUGUUUGUCUCGACGGUGAUCGAUUUUUAAUCUUUACGAUCCACGAAAUAAUUUUACGUCUCGAUCACCGUGGAAGACAAACGAAAAUUGUUACGAUUAUUUACUUUGAACAUCUCAAUGUUAUUCAACGCUAGAUUUAUGGGAUUUAUGUUGGAUUUUAUCGAUGCAAUGAUUCAAAUAUAUAUCCUAAUUAGAAGGAAAUCCCUGUUUUAAUGUAACCGAAAUAUGUGCAAUCAAUAUCCGUAAAUCUAGCGUUGAUCAUAGGGAUGCCGAGCGAAUAAGACAUUACCAGCGAGUAUUAAUCCUAGCUUAUGUAUUAUUUAAUAUAUGACCUAAUCGAGGGAGAAUUAUAUUAAUUAUAACGCUGUACCGGCGGAAGCAGGUACCAUAAAUAUAUUCUACUGUAUUCACGGAUAGUUGUACUAAUAAUAAGCAUCACGGACGUAUGUACAAAAAGGAAACGCGAAUUAAAAUGGAUAUAUUUGUAUAACACAGUUACUCGAAUAAAUGUUACAUAAAG